GUUACCCACACACCGGAAGCCUUCGACGCCCAAGCCUUCAUGGACUCAGCACGUCCAGUGGCGGUGAUCCCUUCGGGGACCAUGCUGCUGACUGCUGUGAUCGGUGUGAGUGUGCUGCUGCUCUUCGGCUGGGGAGCCCUGACCAGCUUCCUCAGAGGCCUUGUCACAACGAUGCAGGGUGCAGUACGUGAACACCUGGCCACUAUGCUACAGGACCUCAAUGAGCAGACCAAAAAGAGUCUCCUUUUGGAGAUUGGCAAUGCCACUGAGGAGAUGCAGCAUGCCCUCACGUCUCGCUUGGAGAAGACCACGGAGGCCCUGGAGUCGCAGGUGGGUGCAAUUCAGGUGUCCAUCAAGAACUUCGUGGAUGCCCCUCGUGAUAGCCUGAAUGCCACCACCCUCGCCGAGGAACUGUGGGACAGCCUUCGUCCAGUGCUCGCACAAUGGACUCAGGUACAAGGGGACAAGAACCUCAAAAUCCUGCAAGACUGGAUUGAUGGCAGUGCUCCAGCUUCUACCACCUCCACGGUGUCAACACAGGCCCUUGAGGACAAGAUGAAGGACUUCCAUGCGGCGGUGAUGGCACAGCUGCAGGACCUCCAGGGCGCUGUCACCACGACGACCCUCAACAAGGUCGACAGCCUCACCAACAAGGUGGAAGCGAUAGCGGCAAAAGCUGAAACCCAAACUGGCUACAUGAGAGAAGACCACGCCCUCAUCGUUCGCAUCAAGGACCGAGUCGACGAGGUGUCGAAGGAGUCUUUGUCACACCGCAGCGCGGUGCUGGCCGAGAUAAAGAACCACUCUCCAAUUAUAAGGGACACGCAAAAGGUGGCCACGCGCGCAGCUGAGAUGGCCGAACGGACGAAUCUCCUUUUGGGGAAGGGAGACCCCUCCGCGUGGGAAACCGAACUCAGGAAUGUCUGCGAAGACACGGCCAAGACCUUACUGUGGGUCUCCGGCCAGGAAACCGAGUUGAAGGACCGUACCCACAAGAUCGAGUCCAUGCUCACUGGGAUGUUGGAUGUGGUGAACGAUGUCGGCACGGCCCUCGAGAGACACUCCGAGAGCAUGGGACUGCGUCUGAGGGUGCUCAACGAUGUCCAGGGAGGCCUGGAAAGAGUGCUGGCCACGCUCGCUGCUCGGAGUCCUGUGCCAACGGCUCCCCAACAGCCUCCUCACUUUGCGCAGACCACCGCCUUUGGUCGUCAGCGAGUGCCGCCGGCGCCCACGCACACCCCUACGAUCGUGGAGGACUUCUCUGGGCAGCAGCCGAUGGUACAGACUACCCAGACCCAGUCCAGCAACGCCCCGCCGGUGCUCGUCACCAACCUCGACGCCCUGACCCAGGUCCUGAACCAGCGUAGCGGAUUCUAG